AUGGACAAUGAUGAUGUGGCCCAUUGGUUACAUCAUCAAGUCCCCAGACCAACAAGCAACCCCCAUGGAAUUCGAUGGCCAAUUGUUUUCAACUUUGUCACCCCAACUUCUAAUCUAUUGCACUUGGUUUGUUCCAAUUCUCCACUCGAUUCCUUCAACAACAUGUGUCCAGGUUCUGGAUACGACACCGAUGAAACCCCAAGUCAACCUUGCCAAACUUUUUGGAUCACAACCCCUCUCCAAUUGGAUCCUGGGAUGAUCCAACCAUCCCAGGAUAGCCGCCGCGGACUCUUUAAUCCCUCUUCACUGACACAACCACCUUCUUCAUCUGGCUUCAAACGAGCUCGUUCAACUUCCAGAUCCAAAUGUGACCUGGUAGGGGGCCACAUUGUCCCAAACCAGGGUCAAUUGUCCAAGAAUGCGAAGCAGAACAAGGCAUCCAGUCAGCAGCAAACUGUUGUUGCCAAACCGACAGGAUCGAAAGGAUCAACUAAACCAAACUUUGUUUCCACUGCUUCUUCUGUUCUCAAAGCGUUGGGAUUGAAAGGAAAGACUAAAUCAAAUCAAAAACCCAAAUCCACUGCUUCCUCUGUAACCAAUGCGUCCGGUUACACAAAUCAAACUAAGAACAAGGCUUCAUCUGUUUCAGAAAAUCAAGUCCAAGGUCCUUCCAUCAAUUUGCGCCAAGACUCUGAUGACGACAAUGCUUGGAUCCGCAAACGAUCAAAGAAAUCUCACCACGAUUUGAAGGAAGGCAACGAUUAUGAUGAUAUUGCUUUAUAUUUUGAUGAACCAACUCCGGGCCAUGACAAUGUAAGUGUUGCCAAUUUGUCUUUCUUAUCAUGUUUCCAUUAG